AUGGCUAAAUCAAAGAAUCAUACUGCUCAUAAUCAAACCAAAAAAGCUCACAGAAACGGUAUUAAAAAACCAAAAACUGACAGAUAUCCAUCAUUAAAAGGUGUUGAUGCCAAAUUCAAAAGAAACCACAGAUACGCUUUACACGGUACUGCUAAAGCUUUAGCUAAAGCUAGAGCUGAAAAAGCUGCUAAUUAA